AUGCCGCCCAAUUUCCUGACCGAGAUUGAGCAGAACACCUCCAGCUCUGCGAUGGCCCCUCGAACCAAGCGUAGGGCCGACGCAAACGGCCAAAUUGCGGCUGAGCAGCAAGGCCCGGACAACCACCUGCUUCAAGACCUUCUCCGCUUCACCCUCUACCGCUCCCAGGAUGUGGCCAUGCUCAUGCGAUCUUGUGGCUUUGCACUUCUUCUGGUCAGCGAGGAGCUCAAGGACAAAGUGGUCAAGGCCAUGGCAGCGUAUGAGGACAAGCUCACAGAACAACACAACGGUGACGUGUCCGCCGCUAGGAACAAAGCCAAAGCAGAACGACGACCACUACCCCCCCAUCCAUGGGGAUUCCGCAAAUACUAUACAUUUAUCGUGCUGAUGAACGUGCUGAAGGGCGCCCUUCCGUCCACAGCUUCGGAGGCCCUCGAAGCUGUCGCGGCUCUCAUAGAGCUGUCUGAGGAGGCCAUCGACAUACAGGUGGCAGCAUGUCAGACGAAAUUUCGUAGCCCGCUCCAGGGCCGAGUUUGGAAGUUUGCUCUGCUUCCGACGGCGGCUAUGACUCAAGACACUAAGAACCAUAUCUCCACCUUGUUGCACGCCAAGUUCGAAGGCGUUCGCUUUGAAGUGGCGCGUGAAAGCCAAACCGAACUAGAGAGCAAGUUGUGGCAGCGACUGCAGACCAACAAGUGA